AUGGCUCAGUCCGGAGACGGAGACGAGGAGAAUAGUGUGUCUACACGUGACUUUCACCAUCCAUUUACACCUUAUACGAUUCAGGAGACAUUCAUGGAAACGGUGUAUCAGGUGCUAGAAAAUGGAAAAGUUGGUAUUUUGGAAAGUCCUACUGGAACUGGGAAAUCGCUAAGCUUGAUAUGUGGUGCUCUUACAUGGCUGAGAGAUCACAAGGGCCGGGAGUUCCAGGAGGGACUGAACUGGGGUCAAAAUGAUUCAGAUGAACCAGAAUGGAUCAUAGAGCAAGCCAGAGCUCGCAAGCGUCGCGAGAUGCUUCGACAUCGUGAAGACAUGGAAGCCAGACUAGCCAAGAUACGAGCUAAGGAGAAGGCGCAGCGAGACAAGUACAUGAAAGGAGAUCAAGGCUUUAAAAGACGCAAAAUUGAUAUGGCAAACGAUGACGACGACGAAGAGCAAUAUGUUUUGGAUGAUUACGAGAGCGAUCGGGAGCAUAAUGGUGGUGGUGGGUCGGCCAGUGGUCUUUCAGCAGAAACAUUGAAGCUGUUGGGUCAGAUUGGGAUGGGACCGACCGCUUCACAAGAUGAAGACGAGGAAUCAGAAGACGAGACUAAGAUCUUCUACUGUUCACGGACACACUCCCAACUCACGCAAUUCAUCAACGAGCUACGCAGAGUAAACUUUCCGCCGUCUAUAAAGGACGAAAACAUUAAGCCCAGCGAUAUAGAGGAUCUGAAGCAUCUUACCCUUGGAUCUCGCAAGAACCUAUGCAUUAACCCAAAAGUCAACAAACUCAAUUCUCUAACCGCCGUCAACGAACGUUGUGCUGAGCUCCAGCAGACCAGUACACCAAAGGAACACAAAUGUGUGUUCCUUCCAAAUAAGGAGAACCAGACACUUGUGAACACUUUCCGUGACCGUUCUCUAGCAACUAUUCGGGACAUCGAGGAUAUGGGAGAUCUUGGGAAGCAAAUAGGCAUCUGUCCCUACUAUGCCUCGCGUUCGGCUAUCAGGCCAGCUGAGAUUGUCACUCUACCGUAUCCCCUCCUUCUACAGAAGAGUGCUAGAGAGGCAUUGGGUAUCAGCUUGAAGGGUCACGUUGUGAUUAUUGACGAAGCUCAUAACCUCAUGGAUGCCAUUUCCGGGAUCCAUGGAGUGGAAGUCAGCUUAAGGCAGUUGAAGAGAGGAAGAGCACAGUUAGGCGUGUAUCUGCAGAAAUUCCGUAAUCGGCUCAAGGGUAAGAACCGGGUGUAUAUUGCGCAGGUUGUGAGAGUCAUUGAUUCCUUGACUGGAUAUUUGGAAAGCAGACUUGCCCUUCACGUGAGUGAAACUCCAUUAUAUUUAUCAUUCAGGGCUGACCUCGAAGAGAAAUCCGACGGUAUUGUCUCUGACAAAGAGCUUCUCUCUGGCAAAGGCGUGGAUCAAAUAAACCUCUUCAAACUUGUCCACUACCUCCAGGAAAGCAAGCUCGCCCGCAAAGUUGAAUCUUACGCCCUAUACACAGAAACCGAUACAUCCACUACCGCCAAGACCUCUGAGCAAAGCAAGUCAACACCAGUGCUUCACCAAAUUUCUUCCCUUCUUUUAGCCCUCACCCACCCCUCGAAAGAAGGCCGCCUCUUCUACGCGUUAUCCCCAAAUCCAGCAUCACCUGAUCUCAUAAACCUAAAAUUCCUCCUCCUCGACCCAGCGCCGCACUUUCAAGCCAUCGUCUCCGAAGCUCGCGCCGUGAUCCUCGCCGGUGGAACCAUGUCCCCCAUGUCCGACUACACAUCGCACCUCUUCCCUUACCUACCUCCUGCCGGCAUCACCACACUUUCAUGCGGGCACGUUAUCCCCAAGGAAAAUCUACUUGCUUGGAAUCUCAGUAGAGGUCCCACAGGACAGGAGUUCGACUUUACGUUCAAGAAUAGAGGUAACAACGACAUGAUCGACGAUCUCGGUCGCGCGCUCCUCAACAUUUGCACAGUGGUACCCGAUGGCGUGGUAGUCUUCUUCCCAAGUUACAGCUACCUAUCUUCCAUUGUCUCGAGGUGGGAAGUCAUCCCUGGGCAAGACCAGAAAUCGCUUCUGCAGCGGCUGGAAGGCAAGAAAGUCCUGUUCAAGGAGAGCAAAGAGCAGAGCGUUGAUACCGUUUUGAAUGAAUACGCAAAAGCCAUCGAUACCGGUAGAGGCGGCUUGUUGCUAAGCGUCGUAGGUGGUAAAAUGAGCGAGGGGAUCAAUUUCUCGGAUUCGCUGGGUCGAUGUGUCGUUAUCGUCGGGCUGCCGUUCCCGAACAUCAACUCGGCGGAGUGGAGGGCUAAGAUUCAGUAUAUCGAGUCGUCGAUCGUCGAGCGCUUAGAAGCCGAGGGACUUGCUGGCUCUGGAUGCACCUCAACCAACCAGCACAUAGACGGGAAGCUGAAGCUAAGCAAGGAAGAGAUGAUCACAAGAGGCAAAGGGGAAGCCCGCGAGUUCUACGAGAAUGCCUGCAUGAGAGCUGUCAACCAGAGCGUAGGGCGUGCCAUUCGCCAUCGAGGCGAUUAUGCAGCUAUAGUCAUGAUCGAUAAGCGAUUCGAGGGCCAGAAGAUUAGGGGGAAGCUGCCGGGGUGGAUUCGCGAGGGACUGGUAGAGGGGAGUGGAGGGAAGGGAUUUGGUGUCUUAAUGAGUGCGCUCGGGGGAUUCUUUAGGGGGAAGAGAGCGACAUAG